AACGAGCGGCUCGCGCGCACUUUCGCACAAGCUCGCCUCAGGUUUUCGCUUUCAUUCGUAGAAAUGAGAUGCGCGCGCGUCUGAGAUUCAAGUCCGACUUUAUUUCCUAAUCGGAAAUAUGAACGCGUUGUCAUACCAAAGAAUUCGGUAGUGGUAUCAAAGAAAACACGUUAAAAUAAUGUUUUAAAUUUAUAUUGAAAUUUAAAAAAAUAUAUUACACAUUAAAUACAAGUUAAUACUUUGUUAAGUCGUUUUGUAUUAUUGAAGAAAAAUGAAUAAAAAUAAAUGAUCUUCCUGUAAAAAUUCAAAUGUAAUUUUUUUGUUGCAGGUGAUAGGUGUUCCUAAAAAGUUGCCCUUGCAUCGCUAAGUAACUUUAGAAUUGCUAACGACCGUUAGUGGUGUGAAGUGUAGUGUAGUGAUUGCAAAACUAAUAGUGAAGUGUUCAUAGAACUUCAGUCAAAAUGUCGGGUUUCGUGAAGAUCGCCAUCGACGACUACUAUUCUGACAGCAAUUGGACAACGAUUAUAACGAAAUAUUGGAUGUUGGCUGAGAGGGUAUCAGAUCCCAGAGUGCAGGGAUGGUUCCUAUUCGACACGCCGCUGCCGACCCUCGUGAUGGUCGUCAUAUACCUCAGCUUCGUGAUGGUGGCCGGUCCACUGUGGAUGGCCAACAAGAAACCAUACCAGAUCAAGAAUACUCUAGUCGUGUACAAUGCAUUCCAAGUUCUAUUAUCACUUUACAUGUUCUAUGAGCACCUGAUGUCAGGAUGGUGGGGUGACUACAGCCUCUCCUGUCAGCCAGUAGACUACAGUGACAGCGACAAAGCGAGACGGAUGUUACAUCUUUGCUGGGUUUACUACUUCUCGAAGUUAUCAGAAUUCGCCGACACGAUGUUCUUCGUGUUGAGGAAGAAAAAGAGUCAGAUCACCUGGUUACACCUUUACCACCACUCGCUCACCCCGUUCGAAGCAUGGUUACUUGUUAAGUUCAUUGCUGGCGGUCACGGCACAUUCUCCAACAUCGUGAACAAUUUGGUGCACAUCAUCAUGUACAGUUAUUACAUGGUAGCCGCUAUGGGUCCGCAGUACCAGAAGUACCUCUGGUGGAAGAAACACCUUACCACCCUUCAACUAGUCCAAUUCUUCAUGGUACUGUUCCACUCAUUGAGCGCACUUAUAUAUGACUGUGGAUAUCCAAAGAUCAUCGCAUCAGGCCUCAUGCUUCACUCGACGAUAUUCAUCGUGCUUUUCAUGAAUUUCUACAUUCAAGCUUACAAAAAAGAGAACACCAAAGUGGCCAAAGUCAGGAUCAACGAAAACAACAACACGAUACCCAACGGACACGCCAAAAUGAACCAUAUGAACGGCGAAUGCAACGGUCAUAUGAGACCCAUUGAAGAUUCGAACAAAGCCAACGGUUAUACGACCAAUGGAUUCACCAAGUGUGACCUAAACGGCAUCGGGACGAGUCCAACCACCAUCACAGAUAAAGAAAAAGUUCAUUAGCAUCUAAAUUUAAACCUUCUGUAAAGGCUGAUGAGAGUUGAUAUUAUAUCAAAACUUUCGUGAAUCAUAGGAUGAACAAGUGAAAGUUUUUAGCUGGAGGCUUACCAUAACCUUUUAUUAACAAAUUUUGAGUGUUCCGAAUCGAUAUGUCAUUAAUGUUUGUGAGGAAAGUGUAUAAUAUAUUGUUUUCAAAAGUUGUUAAUAUUUCAACACUCAAUGUAACAUGUACAUUAUUAUAUUAUAACUGUACAGUUUUAUAAGUAAAACAAUUAACAUGUAAACUGAUAUUCCACAGAAAACUUAUGUUAUGUUAAAACUUGUAAAUAAUUACUUUUUUAAAGUCUUCCAGCAUGUUCAAAAUAAGCGUUAUGGUUUUCAUUACAACAUGUUACAUCUGAAUUUUUUGUCGAAAUUUUUUAUGCUGAAUCAUAACAUGAAACUAUGUGGAAUAUCUCUACUUUCGUAUGUAACGUUGUUGUUCCAAAUGACUAGCAGAUUGAAUGUAUGAACUACCUCAUAACCGAUCCCUCUCUAAGUCUUACACUUCCGUCCGUUCAGCUUUAUUUAGUUUUAGGUAAAAAUAAUUUGUACAUAUAUUAUUCUUAAAUUAUUUUUUGUUCAUAUAGGUAAUGUGAAAGCGAAACAUUAUUUUUUCUAAUACCGAAAUGGGAUUUAUUGAAAUUCGAGAUUAUCUUUCUUUUUGUCGACUAAAAAAUUAAAAAAAUUAGAUGAGAUUUGGAGUUAUGGAUAGAAUAAAAAUAUCGCUUAACGAUGUCAUAUAAAUUUCUUUACAUUCAUUUUUUUAUAUUUGUAUGUAAAUUCUUGCCUCACGUUCUAGCUACUUUCCAAAAUGAAAAUAAAUUAACGAUGUACGAUAUAUAAUGUACGAUAUAACAAAUUUAUUCUAUAGUAUUCCAUAGAGAAAAUUUGUUUAUCUAAUUAAUAAAUAAAUGAAACGCAUUAUAUUUUCAUUUAUACAGUUACACCAGAAAUUAUUAUGAAAAUAUUUGUGAUAACCCUGUGCAAAAGCAUGGUCAUAAUAGAUAAUUGUAUCGGAUAGUAAAUGCUAUUUUUUUUUAUUUUUAUUAUAGGUUAGUAAAAUUAUAACUCGAGUUGGUAAACAAGAAGUUCUUAUGGAAACAAAAAUGCCAAUGUUGAUUACAUACCAGUCAAUUUUAGAAGAAAAUAAAUGUAUUUUGUAUAGAACUAGAAUAAAUACAUUAGGUUUGUAAAUAACGGUUAAUUGCUACUUAGCAUAAUAAAAAUGUGUAC